GCCGGCGCAGUCUCAAUGCAGCGUGCGAGUGCUCGGUUCCUCCGCUCGCUCCCGUCCGCUCUUCCAUCCGCUCUUCCAUCCCCUUCCUGCCGCCGCGCCGCCGCCCUCCAACCCCGCCAGCCGCCGCUCCUUCUCGCGCCCAGUUGCUGCCGUCAGUCCCUCUCGCUUGUGCCUGCCGCCGCCGCCUCGUCUCCUGCGUCCCCCCUUCUUGCGAUUCUCCGCCGCCGCCACCAACAACGCCUCAUGUCAUCCUACGGCGCUGCCUCCACCGCUGCUCCCAGCGCCGAUGCUGUUCCCGUCGCAUUCGACACGCGCUCGGACACUGUCACCAAGCCCACCCCAGGCAUGCUCCAGGCCAUGCUCAACGCCGCGGUCGGCGACGACGUCUACGAUGAAGAUCCAUCCAUCCACAAGCUCGAGGCAUUUGUUGCACAACUGACCGGCAAGGAGGCUGCACUUUUCUGCGCGACCGGCACCAUGACAAACCAGCUCGCCAUCCGAUCGCAAAUCGGCGCGCUCGAGUCUCUCAUUUGCGACAUUCGCGCGCACAUCUUCCGCUACGAAUGCGGCGGCGUUGCGUAUCACUCUCAAGCGCACAUCAUUCCUCUUCAGCCGCCGAAUGGUGGCAACAUUACUCUGGAGAUGAUUGAGGCCCAAGUGCUCACAUUCAACGUUCAUCAUGCCGUCACCAAGCUGAUUGAGAUUGAAAACACGCUGGGUGGUGCCGUCUUCCCUUACGACGAGAUUGUUCGCAUCAGCACCUAUGCCAAGCAGCACGGCAUCAAGAUGCAUCUCGAUGGCGCACGCAUCUGGAAUGCAAGCAUUGCCACGGGCAUUCCGCUGAAGCAGUACUGCGACCAUUUUGACUCGGUCUCGCUUUGCUUGUCCAAGGGCCUCGGUGCGCCGAUCGGCUCUGUCCUCGUUGGUUCCCGAGAGCUCAUUCAUCGCGCUCGUCACUUCCGCAAGCUGUUCGGCGGAGGCUGGCGCCAGGCGGGAUUGCUUGCUGCGGGCGGACAAUACGCGAUCGAGCACCAGUGGACUCGCAUGGCGGACGAUCACGCCAACGCCAAGCAGUUUGCCGAGCUCAUCACGAAGGCUGGCCACAUGACCGUGACCAACAAGGUGGAGACCAACAUGGUCUUUGUGCUGCUCAACCCUGAGCUGCGCAAGAAGGGAGUCAGCUGGAACAAGAUUGCCGCCCGCCUCCGAUCCGUCCACGGCAUUGUUGUCAACGAGGACGGCGCUCACCCGGCCCCCGUCCGCUUCGUCUUCCAUCUGCACAUUACGAGCGAGGCCACUGCCAAGCUUGCUGCUGCCAUCAACGACGAGAUUGCCCAGGCGCUCAGUGCCGUUGUUGCGUGAGAGGCUUGAGUGAAUUGUUUCGGAUUGUAGCUGCCGUUGGCACCUGUCUGUCUGUCUGUCUGUCUGUCUGUUUGUCUGUCUGUUGUGCUUGUACCACAUAUGCGUCCCAAUCCAUGGGUGUCCUGAGACUGAGCAUUUGAACAACCG